AUGUUAAAUUUUAUAAAAUCAUUAGGUCGAAAAAAAAAAAUUUCUGAUGAUGGCGAUGAAAAUAAUAAAUUAAAUAGAGUUUUAACACUUGUUGAUUUGAUUGGUUUGGGAGUAGGAAGUACUCUGGGAGUUGGUGUCUACGUAUUAGCAGGUAGCGUUGCUAAAAACCUUGCCGGACCUGCUGUCGUUAUAAGUUUUGUCGUUGCUGCUGUUGCGAGUGCUUUUGCUGGAGUAUGUUACGCCGAAUUUGCUGCCAGAGUUCCAAAAGCGGGUUCCGCUUAUGUAUAUUCAUACGUAAGCGUUGGAGAGCUGGCAGCAUUUGUCAUUGGAUGGAAUUUGAUUUUAGAAUAUGUCAUAGGAACUGCUAGCGUUGCCAAGGCUUUAAGUGUUUAUAUUGAUGCUCUCGCCAACAAUACAAUGAAAGACACUCUUCAAACAAUGUUUCCAAUAAAUGUUAGUUUUUUAUCAUCUUAUCCAGAUUUUUUAUCAUUUUUUUUUGUCAUGAUAGUCGCCGGUCUUUUGGCUUUCGGCGUUAAAGAAUCUACAACUUUAAAUAAUCUUUUCACUGGUCUUAAUUUAGCCGUUAUAACAUUUGUCAUAGUCGCAGGAUCGAUAAAAGCUGAUCCAGCCAAUUGGUUUAUACCAAAAGAAGAAAUAAAAGGUGAAGGUGGAGAAGGUGGAUUUAUGCCCUAUGGUGUCAAAGGUGUCAUGGAAGGAGCUGCAAAAUGUUUUUUUGCUUUUGUAGGAUUUGAUUGCAUAGCCACAACUGGAGAAGAAGCUAAAAAUCCAAGAAGAAAUAUUCCUUUAGCCAUUUUAUUUUCAUUAAUAAUAAUAUUUUUGGCAUAUUUUGGUGUAUCAACCGUUUUAACAAUGAUGUACCCAUAUUACUUACAGGAUGCUGAAGCUCCAUUUCCUUCUGUAUUUGAAAAAAUCGAUUGGAUCACGGUUAAAUGGAUUGUGACAAUAGGAGCAAUAUUUGCACUUUGUACAAGUUUAUUGGGAGCCAUGUUUCCUCUUCCAAGAGUUUUAUAUGCAAUGGGAAACGAUGGAAUCAUUUUUAAAACUUUUUCAACCGUUAAUAGUAAAACUCAAACUCCAUUAAUUUCAACUCUUUUAAGCGGACUCCUCGCCGGAUUAUUAGCCAUGCUUUUAGAUUUGGAUCAAUUGAUUGACAUGAUGUCUAUAGGAACACUUUUAGCAUAUACAAUUGUUGCUGUUUGCGUUUUGGUUCUUAGAUAUGAAUAUGAAGAAGAUGUAAAAAUACCAUCCGUUGAAAAUAAUAAUAAUUCAAAUAAAACAAAUAUUUUUCAAUUGAGUAAAAAUAUAAUAAAAAAGGCAUUUAACUUAAACAUGGCGAAAAUUCCAACAGAAGAAACAUCCCAUGUCACCAAAUGGGGAGUUUUUAGUUUUGCAAUAACUUGCUUAGGAGUUUCCAGCAUAUUAAUCUAUGCACAAAACCCGUUGGUAAAUAGUGUCACGUGGUCCAUAACUCUCCUAUCAAUUUUUGUUUUUCUUUCUUUUAUAAUAGUUAUUAUUAUAGGGAGGCAACCAUUUGCAAAAACUCAACUUUCAUUUAAGGUUCCUUUAGUUCCCCUCAUACCCAGUUUGAGCCUUUUUAUCAAUACUUAUCUUAUGUUAGAAUUGGAUUUUCAAACAUGGAUUAGAUUUUCUGUUUGGAUGAUAAUAGGUUUUGCAAUAUAUUUCUUUUACGGAUAUAAAAACAGUUUAGAAAAUGUAAAAAAUAAAAAUUUAAAAAUUGAAUCAGAAUCAUCUAAUGGUAAUUCAGUACAAAAGGAUGAAAAAGUAUGA